CCGGGAUCUGCGAUCUGUCAUUCGAGCCUCCAUUUUUGAUCGUUCAUCGUUCGUUCGACCGGUGCGUUCUAGAAGAGCGAUUUUAAAAGCAUUUUAGUUCAUUCCAGGACGAUUUCUGUGAUAUUGGUUGGUGGUAAUUCGCGAGGCAACAGAAAAUAAGACAGGAUGGCGGCGAUGUCAGUCAUUGGAAUAGAUUUAGGAAACGAGUCUUGCUAUAUCGCUGUUGCGAAGGCAGGAGGGAUUGAAACUAUAGCAAACGACUAUAGUUUACGAUCGACACCUUCUUACAUUGCAUUUUCUGGAAAGAACCGUAUCCUAGGUGUUGCUGCCAAAAAUCAGCAAGUAACUAAUAUGAAAAAUACUGUUUACGGCUUGAAAAGGCUUAUAGGUAGAAAAUUUAGGGAUCCACACGUUCAAAGAGAACUGCAGUGGUUACCAUUUAAUGUAGUUGAAGAGAGGAAUGGCACUAUAGGAAUUAAAGUAAAUUAUUUAAAUGAAGAACAUACCUUUUCUCCUGAGCAAUGUCUGGCUAUGUUACUAACCAAACUGAAAGACACAGCAAGUACUGCUUUGCAAACACCCAUUAAUGAUUGUGUUAUUUCUGUACCAUCGUAUUUUACAAAUAAUGAAAGAAAAGCAUUACUUGAUUCUGCUGCAAUCUCAGGUCUUAAUGUACUCCGAUUAUUCAAUGAGACCACUGCCACAGCUCUAUCUUACGGCAUCUACAAGCAGGACUUGCCUGCCCCUGAAGAGAAGCCCCGAAAUGUUGUUUUUGUUGAUUGUGGUUAUGCUUCACUUCAAGUGUUCGCCUGCGCAUUUAACAAAGGGAAAUUGAAAAUGAUAACUACGGCAGCAGAUCCCUAUUUGGGUGGCAGAGAUAUUGAUAGGCUUCUGGCAGAUCAUUUUGCUGCUGAAUUUCAGAAAAAAUACCAUGUAGAUGCUAAAUCUAAUGCUAGGGCUUAUGUGAGGUUGUUGGCUGAAGUAGAGAAAUUAAAAAAACAAAUGUCAGCUAACUCAACCACUCUGCCUUUAGGUAUAGAGUGUUUUAUGAAUGACAAAGAUGUUAAAAGUGAAAUGAAGAGAGCCGAUAUGGAAGUUAUUUGUGCCUCACUGUUUCAAAGGGUCGAAGACACCCUAAGACAAUGUUUGAACCAGUCAGGAUUGCAACUUGGUGAUAUAUAUGCUGUGGAGAUUGUUGGUGGUUCCUCCAGGGUUCCGGCCAUCAAACAGCUGAUUGAGAAAGUGUUCCAGAAGCAACCUAGUACUACUUUGAACCAAGACGAGGCUGUAUCGAGGGGCUGCGCCCUUCAAUGCGCCAUGUUAUCGCCUGCAGUCAGGGUUAGAGAAUUUAGUGUUACAGAUGUUCAGAACUAUCCUGUACAUUUAUCUUGGGAGGCCAGUCCAGGAGGUGAAUCGGCGGGAGAACUGGAGGUGUUUCCUCUGAAUCAUGCCACUCCAUUUUCCAGGAUGUUGACGUUUUAUAGAACUGAACCAUUCUCAGUAAAAGCGUUUUACAUUGGUAACAUUCCAUAUCCAGACUCAAAUAUAGGCACUUGGGUCGUCAAAGAUAUCAGACCCGCCUCCGACGGUAAACCCCAAAAAGUGAAGGUCAAGGUGAGGAUCAAUCUCCACGGCAUCAUGACCGUGUCCAGCGCCUCCCUGAUCGAGGCCAAAGAAUCCACCGAACCGGAGACCCCACAGGACACGCAAGAAGCCCAAGAAACGCCCGCCGAUCAACAACAACAGCAGCAGAGCAACGGCGACCAACAACAGCAGGACGAGUCCGAAACGUCGUCUGCGCCGGCGCAGACCGCAGAGGUAGGCCACCCACAAUCCACCGGCAAAGGUUGGGCGAAGAAAAUAUCGGCCUGGUUCAGCGGGGAGGGAGACAAAGAGAAAAAGAAAAAACUAGUCAAGAGCGUGGAUUUACCGAUCGAAGCUCUCACUUCCGGUUUCUCCAACGUAGAAAUCAACAAAUUCACCGAGCAGGAAUUUAAAAUGAUCGCCUCGGACAAGCAGGAAAAGGAACGUGCGGAUUCAAGGAACGCUUUGGAGGAGUAUGUCUACGAUUUAAGGAACAAAGUCUCCUCGGAAGAGGAAUUGGGUCAGUAUUUGUUGGAGGCUGACAGGGAGCAACUUGUUAGGUUGUUGGACGAUAUGGAGAAUUGGUUGUACGAAGACGGAGAGGAUUGUAACAAACAGGUUUACAUUGAUAAAUUAUCUGAAUUAAAAUCAAGAGGCGAACCUGUCCAACAACGAAAAAUCGAAUUCGAAGUUAGGCCGAGCGUACUAGAAAACUUUUCAAGGUCUUUGCAGCUGUGCUCCAAAGCUUUAGAACUUAUUAAAAAUAAUGAUCCCAAAUACGCCCACCUCACCGACGAAGACGUAAACAAAGUGAACCACGCGUAUCAGGACGCUUUCAAAUGGCUGGAACAGGCGAGAGCCAACCUGCACAACACGCCCAAACACCUCCCUGUCCCAAUUACUGUAGCCCAAAUACGACAGGAAAAGUCCAACUUCGAAAACGCGGCGAAUUCCAUCUUGAGCAGGCCUCCGCCGAAGGCCCCGUCGCCCCCUAAAGACGAUAAGAAACAGGCCGGCGAUGAGAACAGUUCAGAACAGAAGGAACAGCAACAGAACAAACAGAAUUCGCAGGAGAACAUGGAAUGGUCAGACGACCAUUUUUAAACUAAACUUUAAAUUAAUUUAUAUGUAUAUUUAAAACCACUUUAAAAAACUGAUCUUUAAAUGACACAAAACCCACGAUUUUAAUAGUUAGUUUCUCAGUCAGUCAGUCAAGUAUUUUGUUUUAUCUUUUUCUGGGUCUGUGCGUAGGAAAAAAAGGUGUAAUGUGAAAUUCAACAAAAAAUUAAUCUACAUGUCUUGAAGUUUUAAAAGCUUCAGUUUAUAUAUACAAAAGUUUAAUAUAAUUGAGUUAGUUUUUAUUAUUAAUGAGUUUGGCUUCACUCACACCUUAAUAAAAUAAUACAAAAAAAACGAAGUAAUUCUUUUGCAUUUUAACUGUUGGGCGUAGAGGAUGGACUUAUUGGAAUUGAGCAAGAAUAUGGACCAUUUUUUUCUAAUUUUUUUUUCGCUUUUUUGUAAUUUAUUAGCACUAGUUUUCGCUCAUUAUUAUUUUGAAAGAAAGACAGAAAACAUGUUUAUGCAGAAAAUAGAAGUAAUAACACUUCCGGUUAUUCUACUUAUAUUUUGUAAUUGUGUUUAAUAAAAAUACUUAAAAGUU